AUCUCCAAUCUGUCAAAUGGUGUCAAUACAUUUUUCUCACAAGGAGGGGUGUAUAAUACGAAAAGAAUGGUGGUUUAUUGAAAAUUACCCUUUUGUUUGUGUUUUUCCGAUAGCUGAAUCAUACCACAUAAAAGAAAGAUGUGAAUUGCAGUCUGCUGAGCUGGAUAAAAGUUCUCUAAACUCCAGUAUGAUUUUGGAUUGCAUGUGGUAUAGAUUUCCACUUAGGAAUUUAUUGUUUACAAAGAUGGAUAAAGCACCUAUUAUCCAAGGAAGUGCCUGCUAAAACCCACAAUGAGCUCCAGACCAAGUUCUGGUUCCAGAGUUUCAACAGUGCAUAGGCGAUCAGAGUCUAGCACUCAUCACAGACAUAGCUCUGGCAGUUCAUAUCACAACAAGUCAGACUCUGCUCAGAGUCUGAGCUCUGAUCACCAUGCUCCCCUUAGACAUGGGCACUACAGGUCUAAAUCUGGGGUACUUGAAAAGGAUGUUGACAGAGACUCAAAUGCCUCUGGAGUAUCACAAAGACUCGAAUUCCGUUCAUCGCACGUCAUUCAAGGUGACGGAAACCGUACAAACAGACCGACCUCAUUGUACCCUCUCAGGCUAAGCGACAAUGGGAUAGGUGGUCACGAUCCGCUGCAGCCUGAGAGGGAGCCAAUCGUCUUUGAGAUCAACCUGGUGGGGGCGCCACCGGAAGUGGAGCAGCUUGUCAACAAUAUUAAACAGGUCGCCGAGCAGUUUCUCUACCAUUGGAAAACUUUUCCUAUAAUUCUUCCAAGUCCCGUAUCACAAUGCGAUUCCUUCAACACAUCACAAAUAUCUUCGGAUGGUUCCCUAGGCAGAAUGAAGACCAAGUACCACCUUCGCGACCUCUUCAUCGCUACUUCUUUCGAUGAAUUGGACGCUGUAGCUGUUGACGGGAAAGGGGAACCACGGAAACUGACCAAUAAACAAUUGGAAUACAUCAGAGAAAGAGGAUACUUCGAAGUAGAGUCGCUGAAUUUUCCCGGACAGCAACACCGCUGGCGCUUGUCCCAGUUGCUCCAAAAGGGCAUUGUGAACACGCACAAUUCGUUACUGAACGAUCUCGCAUUGGCGGUGCAUUUCAUCGUGGUCACUGCCAAGAGCAGGAUCGUAUCGCAUUUUUUUAGCGUCUCACAAGCGGUGAAGAGCCUUGUCGCCGGAUUGUUGAGAAUUGUCGAUAUACUCAUCGGACUGCCUAGUCUGCAGGCGCACAAUUUGGACGCGAAGAUUCGCGAAGAGAGGAAUAAGUAUCUAGUGGCCGAACUGGUUUGUAGGCCUGAAAAUGAGGACUCGGUAGAAUUGUUGUGUUCGUUUAUCAAAAAGCAGCUGAGGAGAGCAGCGACCGAGAAAUUUGAAGUGACUAGGGAAUGUUCGCAACCUCCUGUAGCGCUUCCUUACAGAUUCCUCACACCCUCAGGUACUGAAUUAGACCUGCGUUUAUGGGAUAGGUCGUUGAUGCGAAAAGCACUGCCCAUAUUAGUUACAAUAUUAGAAAGAGAGACAAGGGGAUGGUUCUUGCAUUUCCGUGAAAGACUGAUUGCUGAAAUGAGAGCUCAGAAGAUGCCAGAUGAAGAUAUCGAAAGGGAGGUAAAUGAAGCCGUCAUGAAGGAGUAUCUUCAAAGAGUGUAUAACAGCAUUUUGUCACAUCCAGAUAUUAUCAAUUUAGGUGAAGGCAUUGCUCAAUUAUUAGUACAACAAGCCCAAACUGUAGUUUUAAUGCAUAGAGCUAUUGAAAACGUUCAACAUCGCCUCCAAAAAUCUCAGGAAGAAGUCAGAACGCGACUUUGCAAUUUCCAUCCAGUUUUAUCUAGAGUAGGACCAUGGUUAAGAUCUAGACUGAGAAAAGCUGAACAGAAGUUCAGCCAGGAGAACCAGUGGAGCGCACACGAGGAAGCACUAUCUUUGUGCGUCGCUCAGCGAUUACUUCAGACUGUAUACUUCCUCAACAGGGACCUGAGUUUCAUGAAGGAGAGAGAGCCCGCAUUAUUGAGGGAACUGAGGAAAGACAAAAUACCUACUCGCACGUUCUUCUGGCCGACGCAGGUAUGGCUACCUACGAAUUGGGUAGUUAGAAGAAGCUUCCAAGGGCAGUCUGAAAUAGUGCCCACCGUUUUAAGCAAACAGGCAACAAGUAUUACCACUCCCAGAUCUGAUCCUAGUCAACCGGUAUUUUUAGUGGAGAAAGAAACAGUCCGCACUACAACAACCCGCUGGCCGAUGUGGAGAAUCUUCAACUAUUUCCAUCGGACAUGGUGUUGGACAUGGAAUGCCAUGUUCUUUUUCGGCAUCGUCCUACCAUGGUGCAGUCCAGUAGGACUGCGAGCUCUCUUCUGCAUGGAGCCGUUCAUGCCGGACCUUGAGCUGUCCCAGGUAAACGGAACUCUGUUUCCCAGGAAGAGUAGUUUAACCUCGACGCUUACUUCGAGACUGUUCAGCCUCUGGAGGCACAUAUCAAAAUCCCGGACCAAGUUUGAGACAAAGCCUGAUACCGGGUUCAUAGGAAAGGAUUUCACUAGGCAUGUAAAUAGGAUCUGGAAUUAUUUCGUCAAAGGUUUCUUCGGAACAAUCGGUUUGGUUGUGAUUUUCCCCAUAGUCUGCUUUGCUGUGAUCAUAUCCAGUUUAUUCAUCGCUUUCACCACCGCAGUUUGGAUGCCGCUGUUAACUUUGACCAUACAACUGACAAAUCUGCUGAUCUAUGACCUAGACUCUCCAGAACCCAAAAGAAACAGAUAUUUCGUCCUGUGCGAGGCUCUGAUUUGGAACAUUGCCAUCCAAGGAUUUAUGCAACCUAUAGCUGCGGUUGUCGUCGCCGUCAUAUUGUGUCCUGUCGUUGCACUGGUCAUUUUAGGAGGAGGGGUGGCGAGGUACUGGCUACGUCUUUUAUGGGAUACAGCUACUUUUCAUUUGAUCAUCAAAAAACGUGGUCGAAUACCAGCUAGCGACAGUUUUGUGGUGAAGAGGAUAGCAGGACCUGGAUUAGCCAAUGACUAUUACUUCCAGAUCAGUCCUGAACAAGCACUAGCUGCAUUUGAGGCCAAAAUGGAGUGGGACGAGUUGGGCGCUUAUCAAUCCGUAAUGGAGAACACAAUACUCCAACCACAAAGAGAUUUCAGUCACUUUGUAGAGGCAUGUUUCGGAAGUUUUUCAGUCCAACUGGCGAAAAACGGCCCAUAUAAGAACCUAGAAAAAGAGGCCCAGGACCUGAUGUCUGUUCUACAUGAAAAGUUGGAGAGAAGGAGAAGAGAUUUACAGACUGGACUCAGUGUAUCAAUAAAGAGCAAGAUCAAAUUAUGCACUCCAGAGCUGAAGAUCGCCAUACAGCAAGCGGCACUGAUGCUCGAACGUUUCUACCCAACUCACAUUCUGCCCAAAUUAGGUUGUACAGAGGAGCAGUUUUGGGAAAGUCGGAAUCUCAGCCCAGGCGAUUGGGCUGGUCUAGCUGGACUGCUGUAUUCGGAAUUAUUCAGUUUGGACAUUUUGACGCCGCUAGAUCAUGCUGACACCAGUUUCAGGCUGGACCCGCAUCCACAGGUCGAUUUGACGAGAUACACAGAAAUGGUGCAGUGCGCGCAACUCGGUGCGGGAGGUCCAGACCUAUUAGGCAACGUUUAUACCCCAAGAGGCAAUAUUCAAGUUCAUUCACCUUACUUGGACGUAUCUGCAUUCAAUCCGAGGGCCAAGGUGUCUGCUACAGGAAAGAAAGCUGAUAAAAAAGCCGAAUCUACGACAGCCUUAGGCUCAUUGAAAGUAAACUCAAGGUCAACGUUGUGGAUGCCAUGGAAGAAGCAUAGUCGUCCGUUUACUCCAGACAAAUUAGUGAUUCCUUUGCCAAUUCCACACCCUGCACACAUUGCUGUUACAAUAUACAACAGGGACUCUGACGAUCCCAUUCCUCUUGAGUCGGAGAUAUGCCAGAGUAUAUUGAGAGUCAUAGAGGAGAGCCACACUUCACCUGAUGACAGUGGAAUAGGUCGUAUGAAAAAUGGUUGUGAUUCCUACGAGACAGACUCUAGUUCCGGUACGACUUUGGACAGUCCUCGAGCAGGAAGGCGCAGUACUGACGAUGACGCUGAUGAUGAGGGAGCCAUUUCAACAGUAGGCAGAGACCGUGCUGCUCCAGGUGGAGAUAGUAGCGGUGUAUACCAGUGGACGCUGAGCAACUGGGGUCAACGAAGGCGCAACAACUCUGGAAGCGUUCGCGUAGAUCUCGCUAGUCCUGAAGAUGUCACUCUGGAUAGUGACAGCACAAGGGUUGUUUUUUGCACAUAUGGUACUACUGUCUGAUUAUACAUCAUAGGGUAGAGGUUGGCUCUUUAACAUAGUUAUCAUUCAAAGAGAGUCGACAUAUUUAUUCAUAUAAACGACUAUGAAACAUCAAACUAAAAUAGCUGCUUCACAGCAGAAAACAGACACGAAUAGAAAACAGAUAAUAUUUAUUUGAAAUAAUGUCAGAAUAUUCUCGAAUCGUGCAUACAGCGUUUUGUAUUAAUGUCAACAUUGACUAAUCAAAUAAACAGGGUAGCCCCAAAUAUGUAUAAAGAGAAACAUGCUAUAAAAAAUAUUAAUGGUUCAAAAAUGGAUCGAGAAGCUUGGAGUUUUGUUAUUAUUUCAUAUAGUAAACCUUUUCCCUGAUUGCAGUUUUAGUAAACAAUACUUCCUUUGCUUCUAUUAAUUCAAUAAAAGACUAGAAGGAUUCGAAAUAACAUUACAAAAUGCUGCUUGCUCUUUCAAAAAAUUAUAAUAUAUUCAAAUUAUUGGUUCCAUUUGUAAAAUAUAUUUAAAAAAUUUUAGAUUAUAAAAAUUCAAUAAUAUUUGUCCAAAGAUAAGAUGCUUUAACUCUAGGUGUAACGGAAUAAGUGGAACAAUGUAAUCUAAGGCGAAAAUACUCGUAAUACUAACUAGAAAGCAAUAAUGCUUCCCUUGGCUAAGUAUUAAAUGAUUGGCUUUGAUAUAGCCCAGUUAAAUAAGGAUGAUAGAAUAAAAAUUGAUUUCGAAUAGUUUUUUACCUAUCCUUAAUUUUUGUGUUUUAUUUUAAAAAUAUACUUAGAAUGAAAGGAAUCGUGAAACUUGUUCGAAUGUUAUGUUUGUUUAAAAGGCAAUCAAAGCCAGCUGGAAAUAAGAGAUUAAGCUGAAAAUUCCGUUCUAGUUUGACUGGACUAUGAUGUGUGUUAUUAGGUUUAAGAGCGCUAAUUAUUUUAUAUCGAGUUUCGAAUGUAGGUAAAAAUCCAAAAGAAGCCUUGAAGUGGAGAUGUUUGUCCUAUAAUAAAACGCGUAGGUACUUUAAGCAAAUUCUAAGUUCAAUCGUGUAGUGGCAAACAUUUCAUCUUGCAGAACUUUUGCAUUCGUUGUAAUAUCAACAUCCUUCCAUUUCAAACAUCGCGAGCGUAAAAGUGGGAUAAAAACAAAAAAGAAUACAAAUAUAAAUAACGUGGUUGCAGUCUAAAAUGCUAUAGAUCCCAUUCGGUGGUUUUGCCGAAUGCCAUAUAUGUGAAUCCCGUUUCGAUCUUGGCUGAAGCGCCGAACAUUCAGCGGUGACUUCCAUUAGUGAUGAGCGACUACCUUCCUCACUACAGUCAGUGCGGUGGAAUGGCGAAGCAAACAAUUUCGAUUCUUCUUCGCCUCGUAGGGCAAGAAAUAUCAAUGAAAAUGACAAAACCUUUCAGUUUUGAGUAAGCAGUACCCUUAUAAGUGGUUGUUAGCAAACGUACAUAAUAUCCAAAACUGACAGAAUCACUUAUCUUUGAUUGGUAUUAGUUGUACUGUUUGGUGGCAAAGAAAAUUGAUUCUCGAGUAAUACGACGUAAAUUAAGUUGAGACUUAUUUUUUUAAUAUGUUUUAUUCAAAUAUAAUUAUAAUUUUAUAUUAUUACCCUCAAAAUAACUUGCUGAAAUCACACAGGACGGUUCUUCCACUCCUCAUAGCUGGAACUCCGAUACUGCACUAGCUUUCAGCUGGUCAGUCACCGCCAUUUGAAUAUUUUCGACUGACCCAAAAUGAGUUCCCUUGAGGUAAUUUUUCAACUUCUGGAAGAGAAAAAAAAAGACUAAAGUCAGGCGAAUAAGGAGGAGGAAUGUUUUUACUGGCCAAAAACUCGUUUGACAUUGCUAUGUGACAAGGAGCAUUAUCAUGAUGCAACACCAUGUUCUUCUUGAUAUGAUGAACCACAAAUUUAACUCUCCCCCAUGCCUGCAGACGUGUUGUCGGUGUAAGGUGGAGGCUUAAACCCAAAGGAUUACACUGGCUCUACACGACGAUAGUACGUCCAUCUCUCUUGUACGGCUCCCUGGUCUGGUGGCCUUGCAUUAGAACUUGGACAACUAGGGUCAAACUCAAUAAAAUUCAGCGUUUGGCCUGUAUUAGCAUUACAAGCGCAGUGCGAACAACGUCAUUGAGUUUACUGGAAGCUCUGCUGGAUCUCCCACCGUUGGAUCUAGUGAUUCGCGGUGAAGCGAGAGUAGUCGCUCAUCGACUGAGGAGUCAGUGCAGCGGGGCCUUCUUGAAUCCUGUCAAGGGGCAUACUGCCAUCUUAGUCGAACUGCAAGCAGGGGUGAUCUCAUUACCCCUAAAUAUCGCUUCAACCGCAAGUUUAAUGUGGAGUAUCCAAGGAGGGAGGGGUGGGACGCUGGUAACCGGAGACUCUCCGGAGUGAGCGGGCAGGUCUGGUACACGGGCGGCUCGGUCACCGAUGAGAGCUCUGGCGCUGGGGUCUCUUAGCCUAGAACUAGGCUAUAUCUGCUUCUAUGCGGAAAUAUUUGCGGUUCUGGUUUGUGUAUCUCGCAUUGUGGAGGAGGGGGGGAGCUAGGAAAAAAAUAACAAUCUUAUUCGAGAGCCAGGCUGCAAUGAAGGCACUAAGUGCCUGUAAGAUUACUUCGAGGCUUGUAUAGCAAUGCAGGAAGGCUUUGGAUUGUCUCGCACCGAGGCAUCCGCUUUCGUUAAUGUGGGGCACGCUGGGAUAAGGGGCAAUGAGACGGCCGACGCUCUGGCGAAGACACGAUCAGCCAGCAAGCUCGUUGACCCUGAGCCAGCUUUAGGAGUGCCCGCGCAAAAGUUAGGAGGAAAGUGGAGACGUGGAUUGCAAGACAACUCUCUCAGAAAUGGAGAAGUAUUUCCAGACAUGUCCGUCAGGCACGGGAACUCAUUGUAGGGCCCAAUGCUAAGGAUGAACGUUUCUGCUUAUCUCUGGAUAGAGCCAACCUAAGGUUGCUCGUGGGACUGUUGACUGGCCAUAACACGUUAAGGCUCCACCUGCACGUAACGGUGGUGGCCGAGGAUCCCUUGUGUGAGCGCUGCGGUGUAGAGAAAGCGACCUCGGCGCACGUUCUGUGUCGGAGUGAAGCUCUGAGAUACUAUAGGCAGAUUAUACUGGGGUUCAUUACUUUGAACCCUCAGGACGUCAAGGAGCUUGGACUCAAGGCCAUACACAACUUCACUAAAAAGGCGAGGCUUGAGAUCUAAGGAAUGUAGAGGUGAAUAAGUACCAGUUUAAGGGGCCUGUGCACUGGCUCCUUAUGGUGGCUGGAAUGCCUCUAAUUUCACGAUUCAUUCAACUCUCCCCCAUCGUUCUGACUGUCAAUCGACGAUCUGAACGCACAAGAUUGGAUUCUGUCGAUAUUUGCAUCGGUUCUUGUAGAUGAAGGCCUUCCGCUUCGUGAUUCAUCUUCAAUCGACUCACUCCCUGCUGAAAAUACCUCAAGCCACCAAAAAUCCUGUGCUCUUGACGAAACACCACCUUCGUAGGUCUGCUAAAGAUUGGCAAGUUUCCGUCCACUGUGCCCAAGUCUGCAUCAAAACAUGAUAGAAAACGUUCCUCGAAAUUGAUGUUACUCAUUUUUAGAACAUAAUAGAAAAAAAAUUUCACAAAAAAAUCGCUACGGACAACCAACUGUAGUGAAGGCGAAUCACAUGUUCCCCUGUCUCCCUUCCAAGCCCGCCACCUUCCGUGUUGCUAGAUCGAACGCUACAUUGCCAGUCUCAUCACUUAAUUUACAGACCUCGUAUUUCCACUUUUUCGAUGAUUUGAUAUUUUAUAUUAGGCCGAUUAGUCGCCAUAUUCGACGAAAUACCGAAUACUAAAAAGGGGCGGAAUAUCGAAUAUUCGUGGCAUUUCUGCGCAAAGAACAUUGAACAGUUAUACUGUAUGUUUAGUUGCUCGUAUUAAAGAUCCGUCACAAUAUUUUUCCGUUGUAGAAAACACUCAUUCAAAUAUGUUCCGUUAUUUAGUUACUAUUAGUCUGAUUAUUGAAACAUAUGUAUGAGGUUACUUAACGUUAAAAUUUCAGUGUAUCGAUAAAAGCAACAGUUGUUUAUUUAAAGGCCAAAACGUCAAAGUGGGAUAAAAAGAAUAGCAUAAUCUCGAAGACCACUUUGCGAUCGCCUCCUUCUGGAGCUUUUGGGAAUAUUUAUUUGGUAUAGUUCAGCAAAUCUUGUCGUCUAAAACUUCCACAGUCUCAGGUAUAUCAACGUAGAUCAUUGAUCCCCACAGAAGAUAAUCUACAGUUGUGGAAUCGCAGGAUAUUUUUAUACCCAAAUAAAUGAUGGAAUAAUCUCAUUAGGACAAUGUCACACGAUCAGUAUUUACUGUAAUCCGUCAGUAAUUAUCAUAGAAUGAUAAGACGUCAGUAGGGGAAGGUGCCGAACCUUGGAUAUACAAGUGGUUUGUAAAAUACUUGUUAGAUGGCACAACAAACCAUGUUGCAAAGCGCCACUUAUCACACCAGAAUCGACCACUCCAGAGACCAAAGUACCACACCAUCCCAUACAUAUUGAUCUAAAGGGUUACGUGAAAAUUUCACCGACAAUGAUGGAAUGAUCAAUAAACACUGAUGGUACGGAUCACAGCAAAAUAACCAUCUUGUGACAUUCGCCUUAACCAUAAUACAUAUAGAAUGUUUGAUUUUAUUCUGCUUUAAAAGUUCUAAUCAUCUAAAAAAUAUCACUGCACUUUUGCUGACAUAAUUUACCGAACUUUAGUAUUUAGAGUUCCGCGCUCUGUGUAUAACUUGAUAGGAUUUCCUUUUUUUGUCGAAUAUAUUCAGAAAUCAACAACUGCACUAACACUGGGUAGUAGUCAAUGCAAAUGCUUUUUAUAUAGGAUAAAUAUUAAUUAUAUCGUAUUUUGGUUGAAGUUUAUCCCUUACAUUUUAGACUGAUGAACAGAAUAUACAUUUAUUCCGAUUCCCAAAUGGUCAGUAUUCGAAACUACACAUUAAAGACUAACUUACUGAUGUUGAUGCUGCCUCAGCAAGGCAGUCUCUACCAGAAAAAUCCUAAUAGUCCUGGAAGUAUAUUCGCAUCUGAUGGGAAAAUAUUCUGAUUCAAUUUUUUCAUCAAAUAUAUUUUAAACAAUUCUUUAAAAAAAAAAUUGCCCUGGUCAAGAUUGAGCGUAUUUAAGUUUUUUGAGAUAAUCUGAAAAAGGCGCUUCAGAACUUUUCUCUAAAGUUUAUAUUUUUCUAAAUAUGAGCGAUACAAACUUUGAAAAGUGCAGAAUAUGCCAUUGUCGAUCCCGAAACAAAACUUUCUGCAGCACUUCCUAAGUAUUCUUCAAACCUUCAUGAACCAAAGCAUUUCAGCAGGUAUUGAUAUUGUAAACCCAUGGUUCUCAAUUGUUAACCAAGGGAGCGCAGAUUCGUUAAACGAAUUUAUGCAAAAAUCAGAACAGAAUAUUUUUCCCAGCAGAUGUGAAGAUUCUGCUACUAUCAUUAGUUUUGUAUAAACCAGUCAUAUCUGUUGAUGGAUGCAUGACAGUAAUUUCCCUGUAUUCCUACCUGUCAGUUUUUGUUCCAAAUUUAUCUGUUUGCACAAGAAUACUUUGUCCGUCAGAUUCACUUGAGUCAAAGAGGUUUGAACAUAUCUUAAUCUGUUUAAGAAUAAUUAAUUUUUGUUACUUAUAAUCUUCAUAUUUACUCGAAUCUUGCUUAACCCUUUCUUUCCCAAAUUUAAUUUUGAAAAAUAAUAUAUUUUUUUUAUAUCCCAGAUGAUUAAUGAUGGUUCGAGGAAUGAUGUACUGAAUGAUUUUAUUUUUUUGUAUUUUGAUUUUGCCAAAUUUUUGAUGACUCCAUAUGGAGUCAUCGGGAAAACGAGUAUAAUGAAUAAGGGAAUGAUAAAAAUAUAGGUGUUUACAAACGGAAUCUGAAACUGAUACAUACUAAAACAUAGAGAAACAUUUUAUUCUAUAAAUACACCUUUGAUGUAGCCUAGUCAUGGGAGAUGGAAUUCUUUGAAACAGUUCUUGUCUUUUGUUAGGCAUAACGCCAUUUUGCACUUUUCACAAGCCACUCUUAUGUACACGUGACAUUUGCGGCACCUCAUUUUGGAUUCUAUAUGGGUCGGCCAAUGAUUUUUUUGAUCGAACCGAAUAUCUUCUAUCGGCUUAGGGGCAACGUUUCUUGUUGUUUUCUUCAUUGGCGGUGUUCCUUCUCGCGAUGAUAGCCUUCCUCUUCUUUUUUGGAUGGUACAGGUGUUCAGUAAAGCAUGGCCUAUUUCACUUCGGAAAGUAAUAAGCCUUCUGUAGUUGGUAAUACCAAGUCUUUUACAGUGGCGUCUAUAUAGUAGCCAAGCAUUUACUAUACAUAUAUCUAGUAGGUGAUAGAAUAUUCGCAAAUAGUAUCGCUUGACUCCAAUGUUUGUUCUAUAGAGUGCAACAAGGAUAUUGUUGAGAUCCCCCCACCCAUAUUGGUAUUAUAUAUUUUUAUAAUACUAGGCCUGGGUAUUUCAAUAUAACUUUUUUCGCUCUGAGACCAUCUUUUCACUGAAGUUACUGGCUCUACUCCUGAAAAUGCAGAGCACAGUAACAGAUUUAUUAUCAAACCACUUGACUGCUACAAUAUUACUUGAAACUUCAGUAGCGAAAUCAUAUGCACCUCUCUCAUCCCUUUUCAAUUCUUUGUCAUCCAGUAGUUUUAGUCCUUUCAGUCUGUUGGACCGGACAGUUCCAAUACAGAGGAUACCUACCGACUUUAGAUGUUGCACUAACUGGAGGGAAGUAAAAAAGUUGUCAGUACAUAUUUUGAAUUUUUUGUGCUUCGGUAAGUAUUCUGUUAGUUGCACAACAACAUUUCCACUCAUUCCCAGUUCUUUAUUAUCUAUUGGCAUAACGGUGUAUUUUCCUACAUAUACAUCAAAUUCGUAAAUGAUUCCACUGACGCCUGCUCUAACAAAUAACUUUAUUCCCCAUUUAUGAGGCUUAUUUUUGAUGUAUGGUUUCAGGGAGCUAUGUCCUUUGAAGGGAAUCAUUAUUUCGUCUACCGAACUGAACUCUUCGGGUUCUGUCUUCGCAAAAAUUUUUUUCAAUGCAUCUAUAUACGGUCUGACUUUGAAAAGCUUGUCAUAGUUAGGAUGAUAUCUGAGCUUCAUCAACGAAUUGUCGUUUAUAUGAAGACAGGAGCGUAGCUUUUCAAACCUAUUUCUUGGCAUUACAUCAGCAAUCACAGGAUAUCUAGUUUCCCGACUCCAAUAAAGUCGAUAGCUUGGCUAGCCUAAUUAUGUGCAUCCCUAGGAAAUGACAGAUUUCGUCAUAAUUCGUGUCUACAGAUGUUCCCAUUUUUUGAACAGAGUAAAGAUUGGUCUGGAGUACUAGAUUUUCAAUAAUUGCAUCAUCAAAAAACGUCUUGAAGUAUUCCAAAGGGGUACCUAUUUUUUCCACACUAGUGAAGUAGAUGUUACAUUCUGACGAAACUGGAUGAAUAUCACGUUUUUCCCAUUUUAUUGGAACAGGGGUAGUUUUCAAUGAGCCUGUAUUUCGAAGCCUCGAUGCAAGCUGUUCCAGAGGUAAAUCAUCUUCGCUGUCUUCAGAUUGAGUGGCAUCAUUUUCUUGGAUCUCUGAUUUAUUUCCCAUAUCAGUUUGAAGCAGAACGUUUUCAGUAUCUAUGCAAUCAGAUACGUAUUCUCUCAAAGGAAGGCUUGUAAUAUGAUCCUCGUACUCAUCGUCAUCUUCCUCAUUGAUCUCGAUAUCAGAUAAUUCGCCUUCUAGUAGAAGAAGCAAAUGCGUCUCUUCUUCUUCAGUAAGACCUACCCGUGACAUCUAGAAAAGGAAGUGACGUAAAUGGGUAUCCUAUUCCCAAUGACGCCAAACGGCGUCAUCAUUUCAAAGGCUUCUCAUAUGUGAAAAAAGUAAAUACACAAUUCUAUAUCAUUGGAACUCAUUGAAAAGCCUUGUAAGUUCUAUAAAAAAGAUAAUUAUCAUUAAAUGAACAAACGCUUACCUUUGAAUCCUACUGUAUAUUGCUGAAUUGAACACGUUGAUUCAAGUUAGUUACAUUUAACCACAAAAACAUUCUAUGGGCCGCUCUAAUUGGUAUGUGGUCAUCCAGGCGCCAUCUAUGUAGUACCGACGUUAUCAGGGACCACGAUAUUGUAGAUUUCUAUUCAUACUUACAUCUGAGAACAUUAUUCAAUUUUCAUGACUCCAUUUGGCAUCAGUGGGAAAGAAAGGGUUAAGAGUAUAAUUUUUACACAAACCGUCUCUCUCAGAAAAUGAAUCAUCAGUAAUGGCCAUCUAGUUUCUCCAUUAUUAGAGGCCAACAUUUGGAAAGUAUUUACAAAACAUAAUAAUUAAGUGAAAAGUUGAAAACUGGUCACAAAAUACCAGCAGGCUUAGCUGAUCAUAUUAUAAAUACCGAAAAGUAAUUUAUUGCACUAGUUAUAUGUUACUGUAGUUAUGCUUUUGUGAUAUUUUUUUCUAACAUUAUGGUUGCACGCUGGA